UUACUGUGUAAGCAUUGAUAGAAGAGAAAAAAAACAACACCACUUUGAGUGUGAAUACGUUGUAUGUGUAAAUUGUCGUUCUCGUGCAAAUCAGGAGACCAACAACUCAAAGAAAUUCCAAUCAGUUUUCCUCGUCGAAAAUAGCCAGUGUUUUUAUUUUCGCUCAAAAAAUCCAACCUUUAAAAACCGCGUAAUAUUGUUUGCCAAUAAUAGAGCCAAAUUCAAGCAACAUCGAUUCGCGACGACACACACGCACUGUUCUGUGGAGCCAACAAUUUAAAAAGCAACUGAAACAGCCGAUUUGUUAAAAAAAAAAACAAAGAAACAACCAAAACAAGAUUUUACAAUGGCCGAAUAUUGGUUAAUAUCUGCACCCGGUGACAAAACAAUGCAACAAACAUGGGAAACCAUGAACAACGUAACCAGCAAACAGAACAAUCUGUGCGUCAACUACAAAUUUCAUAUACCGGAUUUAAAGGUUGGUACAUUGGAUCAAUUAGUUGGUCUUUCCGAUGAUUUAGGGAAAUUGGAUGGAUAUGUUGAAUCCAUCACACGUAAAGUGGCUACGUAUUUAGGUGAAGUACUUGAAGAUCAACGUGAUAAAUUGCAAGAGAAUUUAUUGGCGAACAACACUGAUCUUCCAUCGUACAUUACCCGUUUCUCAUGGGAUAUGGCGAAAUACCCAAUCAAGCAAUCGUUGCGGAAUAUUGCUGAUAUCAUUUCCAAACAAGUUGGCCAAAUUGAUGCCGAUUUGAAAACCAAAUCGGCCGCUUACAAUAACCUUAAGGGAAAUUUGCAAAAUUUGGAGAAGAAACAAACUGGAAGUUUGUUGACGCGCAAUCUGGCGGAUUUAGUGAAAAAGGAACACUUUAUCCUCGAUUCGGAGUAUUUGACCACAUUGUUGGUUAUUGUUCCAAAAACAAAUGUGAACGAUUGGACCCAAAAUUAUGAGAAAAUCACAGACAUGAUUGUGCCACGUUCAUCUCAAUUGAUUACCCAAGAUACUGACUACGCACUCUUCAAUGUGACACUUUUCAAGAAGGUCGUUGAAGAAUUUAAAUUGCAUGCUCGCGAAAAGAAAUUUGUUGUUCGUGACUUUACUUACAACGAAGAAGAAUUGGCAGCUGGCAAAAGUGAAAUCACCAAACUUGUGACCGAUAAAAAGAAGCAAUUCGGUCCACUUGUGCGAUGGUUGAAAGUGAACUUCAGCGAAACAUUCUGCGCAUGGAUUCACGUCAAAGCACUUCGUGUGUUCGUCGAAUCGGUCCUCAGGUACGGCUUACCUGUCAAUUUCCAAGCAAUUUUGAUUCAUCCAAACAAGAAGAGCGUCAAAAGACUGCGUGAUGUGCUCAAUCAAUUGUACAGCCAUCUGGAUGGCUCAGCAUCGGCCCCAUCAAGCAACGCUGAUAAUGUCGAUAUUCCCGGUCUUGGAUUCGGUCAAUCCGAAUAUUAUCCAUACGUUCAUUAUAAACUAAACAUCGAUAUGGUUGAAUCAAAAAUCUAAACAAAAUGGAGUGGCAAUAAUACAAAAAAAAACACACCUCCAAUGCGCCCAAAAACGAAUCCAAUACAUUUUAAACCAUAAUAAAAACAAAAAACACAAAAAUUAUUACUUCUUACUUUCACCAAGCCAACACCGUAGCGAGAUGUGCCACUUUCUUUUGGAAUGUAUUCAAUCAUCGAUACAAUGGAUGGCGGUGUAACAACAAUCGCAUACACCGCAAUCAUUAUAAACGGAGGGAAAAGAAAUGCACAUCGAAUUCAGAAUGAAAAUAAAAAUAAAACACACAUAAAGUCAUUGACAAAGAACAACAGAAAACGCUCACCAAAUGACUUAUUUGAUGUAUGAAAACAAUGUUUUGUCCCUAAAAUUAGUUAUAUGAUUAGUUCAGCCAAUGGGCAGCAAACACGGCAAAUUGUUUGCAUUCAAGCACACACACAUAUAUACAACAUUUAUUUUUGAAACGUUUAAUUUUCAUUUAAUUGUACUCCGGUGCUAUCUAUUGAUUUUUUUUUAAAAAAGAAAAUUGAUUUUAUUUGAACAAUGAGAAUGAAUCGAUCAAGGUCAUCAAUCCAUUUAUUUAUAAAAUCCAAUAAAAACGAGUGACAUUUCAUUGUUAAUUUUAUUAGUGCAACUACGAUUAAAACCGGUGGUCAAUAGUUUUUGAUAAAAUAUUUGCUUUAAUUAUUGAAAUCAGUUUUUCUUUCUUUUCAUCGGAAAUUAAACGUUUCGAAAUGGAAUUUGACUAUUUUUUUUGGUUUGGCGCAAUGACUUUUAUAUUCAACCAAAAUAUACAUCAAAAUAAUGUAUUGAUACAUACAACAAAUGCAUAUAAUGCUCAUGUUUCGUACGAUAACUAACACGUAUAUUUGAGAUCGAAUAUGAUUUAGGAUAUGCCAAUGGUAAUUCAAUCGUUAAUAGCACGUCCAUGCAAUUCUUUUGGCUAUUCAGUUUUAAGUAGACGCAUUUUUCACUCCGUUAUACAUUGCUGCACCCUCAUUUAUAUCAUGAGCUAAUUUUUUUUUUUGGCAAUCACGAACAGCCAAAAUAGUUUUUUUGCAUCAAAAUGUGUAUGUGUGUGUGUGUGGAACACUUCAUUGUUUCAUAUAGAAUCGAUAUGUGUUUUGGCAGCGAACAAAUAAAAUGGUCGGUGUUUUUUCCAUAAUAUCCCUGUAAAAUAUCACUUUGAUUGCAAUCAAGGCACAAACCAAAAGAAUAAAACACAUUUACUUUUAGGGGCAAACAAACAAAUGAGAGAGAAAGUAACCGAAAACCACAAUUCCUUGAGAGGACUUUCUUCUAUUUCUUAAUUUAAUUCUUUAUUGUAUAUUUUAUUCACUAUGUAUCCAAUACUUUUGUAGAGAAAAAUGUUUUAAAAUGAUUUCCUUCUCUUUCCUCCCCAUUUUUUGCGUCUUAGUGUACACAGUAAUAUAAUUUCUUCAAAUUUAUUCUUUUAAAAACUUUUCAUUCUUCUUGAUUUUAAAUUGUUUUCUUGUUCUUCUGGUAAGAGUUAAGAUCUUGGUGAGGUCGCAAGAAGAAAAAAGUCAACACACAAUCUACUUAUUGAGUUAUAAAAUAUUAACGAAAAAAAAAAAAAACGAUAGAAAAAAAUGAUGAGCAUAUGCAAGAAAAUCAAUUCGAAUGAGAACAUGUAAAUGAUAUAUAAACAAAAUAUUUAACAAGGAUUAUAUAACGUUGUAAAAAAUGAAUAAUUAUGUAAAAAGACAGUAUUUUAAUCGAUAGUGAAAAUAAACGGAUAAACAAAAUUUGUUGUGUUAAUAAAAAAAA